UUUAGGAUUAUCCUCUUCUUUUCGAUCGAAUCCUUCGACGGACCCUAUUCUUUUUUCUCAUCCUUUUUGCCUAUAUCGAUGCGAUUCGCGUUUUAAGGCCUUUUCGUUUUUACGGAUACACGAGAUCAUAAUUUUUUGAACCUACACCCUACGACUUCGUCGAUUACGAAGAACGCCUGUGUCUCCGACCUAUUCCACGACCAGCCUCCUCAAUAAUCUGCAGUGACGGAAGUUUGCAGUUUGGUGGGAUUUCAAGAGGGUGAAAGUUGAUUCUUCGGAUUUCCACUGGUGUUGGAACAGUUUCGCCCUUAGCCGGCGCAUACAAGUUUUCUGGGGUUGCCAAGGGAGGCACCCGUUCUCUGGCAGAACAGUCUUUUUCUUCUCUCUAGAACGGAUAUACUUGAUUAUUCUCAUUACUUCUAUUUUCUUAAAGCAAGAAAAAAUGGCCGCCACAUUUUCAUAUGCCGCAGCCGCAAAGGGCAUGGUUACGGCGACGACACCGUCGGCCUCGCCAGAGCCUUCUAAGGCAGCCGAACAAACCACCGAGUCCAGCCCGCAAACGAGCACAGAGACCGUGGCUGCCGAAGCUGAGACACCCGUUGAGGCAGAGCAGCCCGCUGCUACCACCGAAAAGGCAUCAGAACCUACCGCUGCUGCCACCACCACCCCCGACGUCUCGGGAACAUCUUCUAGCGAUGGUGCUUCGAACUCAACUGUACCAAAGGAUGAGGACAGCUCAAAUACACCCAACGGAACUUCCGAGUCUACAUGGGAUAAGCAGUCCCAAGCUUCAACAACGGAGAAACCCAACGGUGAAGCAGAGGGUGCUAAGGAAAAGUCGGAUGCCACCGAGGAGAAGGAAAAGAAUGUGCCGCCGCCCAAGGAGCUCAAGGCUGCUCCUCUCCCCACGGUGAACAUCUGGCACCAGAGAAGAGAGGCCCAAGACGCCAAGGCCAAGGCCAUCGCAGCGCUCAAGCCUGCUACUUCUGGCAACAAGGGCACCGCAAAGACUGCAUCUACCGCGUCCUCGACAUCUGGGGAUAACCAGCAGGAGUUGUCGAAAGCCGCCUCGAAGAAGAAGGAUGCCGCACUGAAGAAGACUGACGGAAACAAGGGACGAGACGAUGGCUCCAGGAAAUCUGGAUCUCGCUCUAGCCGACAAGUGCAAGCUAACGGACAUUCUGCAGACUCGAAUCCUCCCCCUGUCGGAGACGCUGCCUUGUGGCCCACUCCUCAAGUUGCGCAAGGCGAAGAGAAGAAGAAGGCUCAGGAGAAGACCGAGAAAUCCGACAAGGCCGAAAAGAGCCCUGCUACUCGUUCGCAUGGAAAGGAGAAGUGGAUGCCCGUUCCUUACGUGCCCACUGCCGUCUUCACCACUCCUCUUCCAUCUUCUGGCCGCAGAGGCGGAAGAACUGCUCGUGGUGGAAGAGACGGUGGUCGCAGCGGUGCCCACGGUGCUGGAGCUGCUGCUGCUGACAAGGCUCCCGCUGGACAGGUAGCCCAGAAUGCCACCGCCAAGCAGGCUUCUUCCGCAGAGAGAGGCCGUGGCGAGCCCAACACUCCUCGCGCAAACUCCCUCCCUGCCAAUGGUAGACGCGCCAACAGUGCCGAUGCUGGCAAGGCUCCCCAGGCCGCUGACCGGAGCCGCGGUGCCAAGGGUGCUGAGGAUGUCAACGGUGCCCCAUCUGGCAAGCAGACCAACGGCGACUUCCCCCGCCACCACGGCAAGGGCUUUGCCAGAAACCAGGACGGAGCUCACAAGGGUAACGCCCACCUGUCCGUUGACUCGCACGCUCGCUCGCACCGCUUUGAAAACGGUCCCAAGUCCGCAGACUUCGCUGGUUUCCACGGUGACCACAAGGACAACAAGGAACACCACCGUGAGUCGCGUGCUGAGAGAGGUCGAGGCUCUCAUCGAGGCCGUGGUGGUCACUCUGGCUUCAAUGGCUCCCAGAAUUCGCACUUCCCCAACAACCACAUGUCACACCAAUCCUUUGUCCACCCCAAGUCGUUCGGUUUCUCCGACCGCCAAAGAUCGCAGAACCUGCCCAAUGGAUCGCAGCACGGCCACAAGAUGACUUUCCGAUCCCCCUCGCUCCCUAACUCUGGAGCUAUGUACGGUGUCUAUCCUUACCCCGCCGAAAUCAACACAAUGUAUGGCUACCAGCAAAUCCCCGCUGGUCCCAUGACUGCGGUCCCAUACCAACAGUACAUGGAGCCUUUCUCCCUCAUGAGCAUGAUCUCGAUGCAGCUGGAAUACUACUUCUCGGUUGACAACCUGUGCAAGGAUCUGUUCCUGCGUAAGCACAUGGACUCGCAGGGUUACGUGAACCUGGCAUUCAUUGCUGGCUUCAAGAGAAUCAAGACUUUGACUGAGGAUUUCGAGCUCCUCCGCCACGUUGGCCGUCAGCUUAGAACCGUUGAGUGCUACGUCGGCGAGGAUGGCGUUGAUCGUUUGCGCCCGCGAGAGAAGUGGGAGCAGUGGGUUUUUCCCAUUGAACAGCGUGAUCCCUCGGCACAGAACGAAGGCCCUCCGCCAUUCACACACGCCGGCAAGCCCGAAGACACCCAGAACCACGCCGAUGGUCUGACCAACGGAUCGGCUUUGCCUAAUGGCACCAGCGUUUCGAAGACACCGUUGUCCUCCGCUGCUCCGGAGUUUUCCCCCUCCAAGCCUAUUCCCGCCCAGAAUGAGGUUGCAAAUGUAGGGAUCCCCAUUGAGUCCCUUCCCUUCCCAGAUGACCAGGUUUAGAAAUUGGUGAUUGUGGUGCGCCGAUCAGCAAGCCCAGUACCUCCACAGCCACCAUUUCUCAGCCAUUCACCCCAUCCCCCUUUACCGAACGGAUCUGUUGACGCCUUAAAACAGCGCGCGGAAUAGAUAUAUCCCCAAACAACCUAUUUUCCCCUUGUCCCAGGACUGCGGCGGCUAUAUCCCAUAGUCAAUAUGUGAAUUCUGCACAGCAUAUUCCUCUUCCAUUGAAUUCUCCCUCGACUACCGGGAUUGCUGAAGCCAAAUCUCCCCUGCCGAUGUUCUGGGUGAAGGAGAAAGAC